AUGGCUUCCUUCCUGGAGCAUGCCGAUGUACCCAUGAUGAUCCCGAGUCUCGAUGAUCUGGACGUGAAGAUGACGUUCACCGUCUUACUUUCCAGACCAAACUCCAGUUUCGCCGCGCUCUCAAGCUGGGACCCUCUGAAAGAUUUGCAGCAAGACGACGGCCGCGUGCUGAGUGUCUUCGAGCGCACAGCCCCUAUUCCGUCGUAUCAACUCGGGUUGGCUAUUACCAACUUGCCCAAGACAACGGACGGCUUUACCUCGCUGCGAGCACAACCUGAAGAAGCCGAGAAGUUACAUUACCUGCUCGGCUUCUGCACCGACAUCAUCGAGAAAGCUGCCGAGGCAACCGGUAUAGCAUUCCCGGUCAAGGGACUCGAUCUUCUCGUCAUCCGCAGCUUUCCGCGCGCGUGCCACUCAACCUGGCGCCUCCUCGUCAUCAGGGCAGACGUCUUCAUGAACGUGAACUCGCAUUGGAACCUCGAACUAGCUUCGCUACGGAUAGCUCUAGAAAUAUUGAGAACUUGGUUCGGAGAGCUCCGGUCGGUCGGUCCCUGGGUGGACAAUAGCCUUGCUCUUCUUUAUGCCAUCAAGGUCCUCAAGCUUAUCAAGCCGCAGUGGCUAAUGGACGAUGUUCUGCAUGCCUAUCGCUUCGCUGCACUGUCGAGCGCAGUUGGAUACGCUGUCUUGUCGAACACCUCUAGCGUUCUGUUUGACCAUACAGUGGAUCACACCGCUGUGUCUCUUCUGUCUAUGUUUCGGGCUGCCAUUGGACAGGACAGCUUUCAGAAGGCUACCUUCAAAUAUUUGGAGGGCUACAAUCUCGGCACCGCUAACGAAGCUGAUUUCUGGAGUGCUUUGAAGGACGCCAGCGGCAUCGAGAUUCUUCCAGAGUAUGCCCUCUACUGGAGGUCCCAUCCUGAUUAUCCUUGCUUGAACGUGUCCCGCCUAGACGCUGAAACCAUCCACUUGGUACAGACACCUUUCUGUGGGCCGAACUGUGUGAAGAGCAAAGCCCCUCGUCCGGUUUGGCCCAUUCCGAUCACGUUUACGUACGCCAGUGAGCCUAAAAAGAUCGACGCCACGGCUAUGGUCAUCUGGAUGACAACGUUGGAAAUGACGCUCAAAGUUCCCCAAGCGCACUUCAACGACUGGGUUCUUAUCGACGUCUACACCGAGGGUGUCUACAGAGUCGACUAUCAAAACCAGAACUGGGACCACCUCAUCAGGCAACUACGGAGGGACCCCACGGACAUCCCGGUGCCCAACCGGGCAAAGAUGUUGGACGACCUCUUCCACUUUGCCCACGCAGGAUACAGAUCGUACGAGAAGUUCUUGAGAGCGGUCGAGUACCUUGGAAAAGAACGAGAGGCUCUUCCCUGGGUGCACUACACGCGCUUGGUCGAAGCGCUUCCAGCAAGAACCAAGAAGACGCUUGCUUGGUCAUCGAUGAACCGUCGAAUAUGCUGGAAUAUUUUGAGCGUUUCGGAGCUCUUCUGGCGUCCACGCUUCGUAGUCGCAGGGUAGGUUGGUUAGUGCGUUAAGCGUGUCGAAGCUGCGCUUUUCAAUGCUCAAGCACUGCUUGCA